AUGUUGAAGCCAUUAUUGCUACUCAGACUCUUCUUAUUCCUGCAGCUGCCUCUUUUGGGGGUGGGGCUGGACCUGAUGGCCCUCAAGCCCAACAGGAAUGAAGACAUCACAGCUGAUUUCUUUCCAACCUCUAUGACCCCUGGGUCCAUCAGUGCUCCAGUUCUUCCCCUCCCAGAGGUUCAGUGUUUUGUGUUCAAUGUCGAAUACAUGAACUGCACUUGGAACAGCAGCUCUGAACCCCGGCCUACCAACUUGACUCUGCACCAUUGGUAUAAGAAUUCUGAUAAUGAGGAGGCUCGCGAAUGUGGCCACUAUCUAUUCUCUGAAGAUAUCACUUCUGGCUGUUGGUUUGAAAAAAAGGAGAUCAUUCUCUACCAAACAUUUGUCAUCCGGCUCCAGGACCCAAGGAAUUCCAAGAGGAAGGCUGAGAAGACACUAAAGCUUCAGGAUCUGGUAAUCCCCUGGGCUCCAGAAAAUCUAACACUUCACAACCUGAGAGAAUCCCAACUUGAGCUGAGCUGGGACAACAGAUACUUGGACCACUGUUUGGAACAUAUGGUGCAGUACCGGAGUGACCGGGACCGCAGCUGGACUGAACAAUCGGUGGAGCACAGACAUAGUUUCUCUUUGCCAAGUGUGGAUGGGCAGAAAUUCUACACAUUCCGAGUUCAGAGCCGUUAUAACCCACUCUGUGGCAGUGCUCAACACUGGAGUGAAUGGAGCCACCCAAUCCACUGGGGGAGCAAUACAUCAAAGGAGACGUCUUCAUUGUUUGCACUGGAAGCUGUGCUUAUCCCCCUGGGCUCCAUGGGCUUCAUUAUUAGCUUCAUCUUUGUGUAUUGCUGGUUGGAAAGGGCAAUGCCCCCAAUUCCUACCCUUAAGAACCUUGAGGACCUGGUUACCGAAUAUCACGGGAACUUUUCGGCCUGGAGUGGUGUGUCUAAGGGACUGGCUGAGAGUCUGCAGCCAGACUACAGUGAAAGGCUCUGCCACGUCAGUGAAAUUCCACAAGGAAGAGCCCUAGAGGAGGAGCCUGGAGGCUCCCCCAACAGCCAGCAUUGUUCCCAUUGCCGCGCUGCCCCUGCGCCGCCGUGCUACACCUUGAAACCUGAGUCCUGAUAACCUGACAGAACCCCAGGGGCAGAUAGCUCCACCUUCUACUAACUUUUCAUCCAGUUAGUUUGGGGUCAUUGUUCAUCUCCUCCUUUUGUGGCUGAUUUUGAAUCUUAUACCUUACACCACCACCCCUUCAUUUAAUUACCCUUGAGAACUGUCCCUCUGCCGUGUACCUGUUUCCUAUCUUCCCCAGAAGCUCUGUCCUUUGCUCUGGAUUGUCCCUUCCAUUGUCCCUUCCUCACCGUCCCUAUUUCCGCUUCAAUUGCUCCUGAAUCAAUGAGAAAUAAAGUUCUUGUGGAAAAUGA